UUGGAACAUAUAUUCUCAUCAGACAUUAGCACUCACAUACAAUACCAUUUGAAGAAAAGAGACAUAAACAGAUCAAGAAAGAAGAGGCUAGAGAGAUCGAAAUGGAAAGCCAGAAGAAGAUGAUGGUUGUUUUUGGGUUACUUGCGGCUGUGUUUUUGGAGAGUGUGGCCGCGCAGACGGCCCAUGUGGUGGGAGGUAGCGUAGGCUGGACCAUACCACAGAAUGGUGCACAAGAGUAUGUCACUUGGGCGUCUAGUCAGAAGUUCAUAGUCGGUGAUGUUCUAAUCUUCAACUUCGCGACAGACGCACACGACGUAGUGCAAGUACCCAAAGCAUCGUUCGACUCAUGCAGCUCCGCCAACCCAAUCGGCAGUACCAUCACCACGGGCCCGGCCAACAUCACUCUCACAUCUGCCGGCGACCACUACUACAUCUGCACUUUCGGCAGCCACUGCCAGUCCGGCCAGAAGCUCGCCAUCACCGUCUCAGCAUCCGCCACGUCACCCGGAGCCUCCCCUUCUGCACCAACUCCUAUGUCUCCACCUCCACCCACUACCACUACUACUCCUACCACGCCUUCACCCACAUCUGACGCCCCUUGCCCUCCGGUCCAAGCACCAUCUCCAUCCACCAAAACCACGGGGCCCACAGCUAGCACCACACCAGGAUCCACCGUGUUGCCGCCGAGCUCUUCUUCCCCUGCCGUUGGGGCUGGUUUCGUUUUGUGCUUGUUGUCCCUUGUUGUGGGAUUGUUCUUUUAGAUAUGUAUAUAUAUCGGGAUCCCAUUAUUCAUUUUGAUAUUCUGAGAGAUCGUUAUUCAUUUUUCAGCGUGAUGAUAUCUUUGGAGCGCAUGAUUGUUAAUAAAGGAUUAAUUCUUUUCUA